AUGACCGACACACCCGCAAGCGUCGCACCACCCAAGAAACGCAGCCUGUUCAAGCGGGCGGCAUGGCAGGAUGCGCCCAAGAAAGACGGCGAGGACAUGUUCAGCCACUCCAACGAGUUCAAUGACAUAGUCGCCGAGCAAGCGAGGAUCCGCGCAGAAGAGAAGAAGCAGGCCGAGGCAGCCAGGAAGCGCAAACACUCUGAGCCGCGCGACCAGAAGCGCCGUCGCAUAUCAAACGACACCGAAGAGCCCGUGCCUACCAAAAGUAGCUCAGCCAGCAGAGAGCGGGCGAGUAGGACCGCCAGCAAAGUGCGCAGCAAAGUAUCCCCCUCGCCCGCGCCAUCGCAUCCGCCGCCGGACUCGCUCACGGCCCGGUACGACUCCCUCACCAAAUCCGCCUCCUCGAGUGUUUCAUUGCCACAACAGACGUCUUCCGUCAUUGACCUAGGCGAUUCAGACCUGGACGACGACUCGGGCUAUGUUUCCAAGCCGCACAACGACAAGUCUGAGUUGGACUACAAACCACCGAGAUCCAAUGACAAACAGCCCAUAGCCGUUCGACCAUCGAAGCCACCUCCAAUAGAGGUCAAGGAUGACGACGACGACGACGAGGAAGAUGAGGAAGGCCUGGAUCCUACAAUAGCUGCAUUGCAGGCCAGGGCACGAGCGCGCGUUGCAGCGGCCAAGGCGCAAGCCGCAGCAGCUUCAAACGGCGACGCUCCGAAAGCACCCAUAACGCAGCUCUUUAUCGACCCACAAAUACCUGGCGCAAAUCCAUUGAUGGUCAAGGUCAGGAUAGACAGCACCAUCGAGAAGCCACGGCUGGCAUGGUGUCAGAAAGAGAAGUUCUCGCCUGAAACAACACGCAAUGUCUUCUUCACAUGGAAGGGCGCACGCCUCUUCGAUAGCACAUCGAUAAAACGCUUAGGAAUAAAGGUGGAAAACGGCAACUUAUCCGUCGAAGGAGACUCCAAUAUUUACGACGACGUCAACCUCCCCAAGAUUCAUGUCGAAGCGUGGACAGAGGAGAUCUAUAGGCAGUGGAAGAGGGAUGAGGCUGCGGCGGCUGAGGCGAGAAAGAUCGCCGCCGCAGCACCUGCCGUGGCAAAAGAAAAGACUCCAACACCAGAGCCCGAGCCUGAACCCGCUUCCAACCGGGUCAGGUUGAUCCUCAAGGCGAAGGGUAAACCCGAGUUCAGGUUGACAGUCAAACAGGAGACCACCGUCGCCCACAUCGCAAGUGCCUACAAGAACAGCCAAAAGAUCGAUAAAAGUCAGCCAAUCACGCUUAUGUUUGAUGGUGAGCGGCUAAUGCCCAUGGAUACUGUGGAAGAGUGCGAUCUUGAUGACAAGUGUAUGGUUGAAGUUCUCUUCAAGUGA